UUUCCGUUAUAAAUCCAGUAGCCAGGGUUGUUUACCACUGACACUGUGAAUGUAGGUCCAUUUCAUGGACAGAGCGAAGUUGGACUGGUGUAUCAUUAUGUCGUCUUCCACACUGCUUGUAAUUGCCACUAUAUUCACCGUCUUUUGCGUCAGCUUUUCUUAUCCACUUCAUGCAAAGUGUAGUGUUGACUGGACGUUUGGGAAAAACUGUAGUCAAGUAAACCAAGCUCUCGUGGAUCAGAUUGCACUGUGGUCUACUGAUGAAAACUGUAGGCAGGGCGGGGAAAAGUGUCUCUAUUUAGGCUUUUCCACAUCAGAAACCUGGUAUGCUGUACUCGACUCUGGCACUAACUAUUGCAAUCUCCAUAACCUGAUAACGGGUACAGGUCUUGAUACCGGCGAUGCGAGCUACAAGGAGAAAACGAGUAACAGCGUCUGUACCCAGUACUCCUCUGCCAACUGUGAGAAGUAUUGAAUUCGUUCACAGUCAUAACUAGAAGGUUGGCAUGUCAUCUCUAAGUCAUGUGUGUAAGGUAACAAAAAGUUUGAUAAUACAGCAUGAAAUGUGGUGAUAGGGGUUAUAUAUUAGGCAUACUAUGUAAGGUUGAAAUGUGCGAGAGCACCUAACCACACUGUUCUGGUUGUUGAUCAACCAAGUAAUCACACUAUUCUUAUUUCACGCCAAAUUUCUGUAUUCUGUUAUGAAUAAUAUACUAUGAAACUAGUAUACUUUAUUAGUUCAUGAUAGUACACCAAACUGUGAUAGUGGCAUUUGUCAUGCCGACGAGACUUGCAAAGUUGAAUCAAUACAUUUUGCUAGACAUAUAUUUGUACGUAUAAUGAGGCCAGUACUCAGUAGCUUUAAUUUGUUUCAUAAAUAGAUGACACCACUGAACCACAAGGGAGAAUUUACGUGGUUCUUGGUUAAAAACAAAAGUAAUAUAUAACAUGUGCAAUCCAAUAAUCCUUGCAUGGUGACCUUGCGUACAUAAUCAUAUAUUGUAGUAUGUAAUGAAUUGUAGUCACUAUCUUUUGUUAUAAUCAAUGAUGGAUACAUUAUUUGUUUAUGGAAUUGCUUUAAUAAAAUUAUGUAAUGAGAAGCUGAAGUUUGAAUAAAUCAAUUAAUAAUAA